AUGUUGCUUCGUAUACGUUCGCCGGCAGGUACAGCUCGUAUCAAUGUCGAACCCACUACUCCAGGCGAGGAAUUUGCUCAAAAGAUGUUGGAAACUAUCUCCAAGGGAGACGAACAACCUGAUCCAGCGACAUUGAAACUGAGUAAUCAACCUGGAUCAAGUGGUGAAAGUGUGCCCUUUUCAGCUUUAGUUGGAAGAACAGUUGGUGAUAUGGGAUUCAGUCAUGGAGACCUUCUUUUCUUAUCUUAUAAACCAAUUUCAGCAGAUCCUCAAUCACAUCCUACUACUCAAGCGUCAACUUCACAUUCACAUCCUUCUCAACCUGAUCCUUCACAUCCACAUACACAUACAGAUCCACCAUUGCCCAAUACUAUUCCACUGAAAGAUCUUUCACAUGUAGAAGAGUCUCCAGUCGAUUUGUAUUGGAAAACUCAAAAUGGAAAAAUCGAAAGAAAGAGAGAUCCAGUUCUCUGCAGACAUGGUGAAAAGGGAAUGUGUGAUUACUGUAUGCCUUUGGAACCUUAUGAUGCCAAGUAUCAAGCGACGGAACAAAUUAAGCAUUUAUCAUUUCACGCAUAUUUACGAAAAUUGUUAUCGUCUAGACCUACUUCAACAUCAUCUGCGACUGAUUUACCUCCACUUGAUCCAUUAUCAUUAUCAGUGAUGGAUCCUUGUCCAACAGGGUCGCAUCCUCCCUUUCCCGCUGGAAUCUGUUCCACAUGUCAACCUUCCGCAGUGACACUACAAUCACAAACAUAUCGUAUGGUCGAUCAUAUCGAGUUCGCUUCUCCAGCUAUUAUAGACGGUAUCUUAUCGGCUUGGAGAAGAACAGGUACUCAAAGAAUAGCGUUUUUGAUCGGACGUCAUGAUAAAUAUGAAAAAGUACCUAUGGGCGUCAAGACCGUAGUUGAAGCUGUAUGGGAGCCUAGACAAGAAGGAGAAUUGGAUGGAUUAACUGUCGAAACCCCUUGGGAAGAUGAAGAGAGAGUCAGUGAAAUAGCGAAUUGGUGUGACAAAGGUUUAGGAGUAGUCGGGAUGAUUUACACAGAUCUGACACCCCAACCUGAUGACAUUACCAAGACAGUGUUUAAACGUCAUGCUCAGUCGUAUACCGCUUCAUCACUCGAGAUGUUACUCUCAGCAGCUUAUCAAAUAUCCCACCCACUUCCUACUAAGAUGUCGCCAACUGGUCACUUUUCUUCACGGUUUGUUACGUGCUGUUUAACGGGCGAUGAAGAUGGUGGAAUCGGUGUACUAGCCUGGCAAGCAUCGGAGAACGCUGAGGCAAUGGUGAAAGCUGGUAUCGUAGAAGCAAGUGUGGAUCCGGGAAUCGUCAGAGUAAGAAAACCUGGAGAGGGGGAAUACAUCCCUGAAGUUUUCUACAGUUAUAAAAAUGAAUACAAUCUGCAAGUGAAACAACCUGCUAAACCUACAUUCCCAGUAGAGUAUCUCUUCGUGAAUAUAACACACGGUUUCCCUGUUGACCCAUCUCCCCUCUUCCUGUCCAAUUCGUUCCCCACUGAGAAUCGACCCGGUCUUCAUGAUCAAUCGCUAGAAGUAGUCAUCUCUCAAUUAUCUGCAAUAAUUCGUAAAUCUGAUGCGGAAGUUACUGAUACUGGUACCUGGCCUCAGAGGAUCAAAGAGGAGGUAAAGAAAUGGUUGAGUGAUUGGCAUUUAGUCGCUUUCCUGUGCAUGCAAGGAUUGUUCUCGUUAGAGGAACAAAAGAUUCUAGGACGAGUUGCGACUAUGCACGCUCAUCCAAACGAUAAGAAUGCUUUAGAAGAGUUGUUCGGUAGUAAAGGAUGGUCUCACUUUUUAGCUAUAAUCGAAUCAACAUCUUCAGCGAAUAUCCCCACACAAGCUGCACCACCAUUAAGAGCAUUUGGAGAGAUGGGCAUUGAUUCUCCCAAUGGACUAGGUGGAUCUUCAGCGAAUCCAGCCACAUCAGGAACUGCUGAAUCCGCAUCAGCAUCAUCGGCACCAGCGGCAAGAUCAGAUUCAGAGAAAAUCUGCCCUCAUUGUACUUUUGUCAAUGAGCCCGGCAGGUCAGAUUGUGAUAUCUGUGGAUUACCCCUCGAAGGGUGA